CUUGUCAUAUCCCUUACUUGUAACAAGAAAUCCAUUAAGUUCAACCAUGGACAACUCCAGAAAUGGCUAUUCUUCCUCUGUUCCGAGACAACCCGAUAGAUAUGACUCGGGUACACGAUCCUCGGGUUGGCGAGUCCCUGCUUUCUCUUCACGGAACGCUUGGUCCAGGAGUCAUUCGAUAGUUAACAGGCGUUUGCUCGAUGAUCCUCCAGCCACUUACUCAAGAUCAGCGAUUUCAUCAGUCAUAGACUCACAUACUCCACAACAUAUUCCAAUCCGUACCAGCAACAACCUGCGAAGGCAGCACCUCGAGGCACUAAGGCAAGCGGUUCACAACCAACCCGCUAGACCCGAGAGCAACUCAAGACCAGCAUCAUCAUCAUCACAAGCCAGAGAAGAAGACCAUGUUCUGAAACAUCUAACAAAAGAAACAUAUAACCCUGUCCCAAAGAGCCUGCUUCUCAGAAACCUCAGCUUAUACUACAGAAACAAAAACCCGGGAAGUAACGGUCGAGAUCACUCCGGUGAAGAAGAGGACAAGAGAUGCAGUGUGUGUUUAGAAGACUUUGAGCCCAAGGAAACAGUGAUGCUCACUCCUUGCCAACAUAUGUUUCAUGAGGAAUGUAUAGUUCCAUGGUUAAAGAGCAAAGGACAGUGUCCUCUCUGUAGAUCCGUCAUACUCAAGCCAGAAAAACCAGAUUCUUCGCCGGCUGUUACCUCAGAUCUCGCCGGAGACAUAACAAUGAACGAUCUCUUCACAUUAGAGCUAAUCUCUGUGUGGAAGAAAAAGAAAAAAAAAUUGUUUUUCCUUUCUUGAGGUUUUUGGCUACACACACACAAAAACACACUCAUCUAGAACUAUCACAGAAGGGAAUGGCGCCAAAAUCGCAUCUCCGAUGUUGCUCCUCCGUAGCCACCGUUCCACGGCGGAACACGGAGGCGCAAUCAGGCAAAUCGCCGAGAUCGCUGAACAGUGAUUCAUCUUCUUCUUCGCCUACUGAAAAACCUCU